CGUCACCGGAUCACGCACAGCUAGCGCGUGUGCGCGGAAUGAUAGAAGAGCUAAACACGCUUCUGUACGGAGGGAAUUAUGAAAUCAAACAGUUUUCUAGCACAGUGAUAAGAAAAUCGUCAUCCCCUCAUCCAAAUACCUUUAUGAAGUAACCGAGUCAUAGGAAACAGACGCUCGAAAACCAGCAUCGAAAAAUAAACAGGCCCAGGACUGAUUGAGAUCCAGCCCAGCAUGGACGGACAUGGGGACGGUCAGAGCCGCUGGUGUCUGUCCCAGGUCAAAGGAGCCGUGGAUGAUGAUGUAGCUGAAGCUGACAUCAUCUCUGCGGUGGAGUUCAAUCAUUCUGGGGAGCUUUUGGCCACAGGAGACCGAGGUGGAAGAAUAGUGAUCUUCCAGCAAGAGCAAGAGAAUAAGAGCCUGCCGCAGUGUCGUGCCGAGUACAACGUCUACAGCACUUUCCAGAGUCACGAGCCGGAGUUCGACUAUCUGAAGAGUCUGGAAAUCGAGGAAAAGAUCAAUAAGAUCCGCUGGCUUCCUCAGAAAAAUGCUGCACACUUCCUCUUGUCCACAAACGAUAAAACCAUCAAGCUCUGGAAAAUCAGUGAAAGGGACAAGAGGCCGGAGGGCUAUAACCUCAAAGAAGAAGACGGCCGCUACAGGCAUCCAUCAUCUCUCACAACACUACGGGUGCCAGUGUUCCAGCCGAUGGAUCUGAUGGUGGAGGCGAGUCCACGGCGGGUUUAUGCCAAUGCUCACACCUACCACAUCAACUCCAUCUCUGUUAACAGUGACAACGAGACCUAUCUGUCUGCCGAUGACCUCCGCGUCAACCUGUGGCACCUGGACUACACCGACAGAAGCUUUAACAUUGUUGAUAUCAAGCCGGCCAACAUGGAGGAGCUGACGGAGGUGAUCACAGCUUCAGAGUUUCACCCGCUACAGUGCAACACGUUUGUGUAUGGAAGCAGCAAAGGCUCAGUGCGCCUGUGUGACAUGAGGGCGUCCGCUCUGUGUGACCAACAUUCAAAACUGUUUGAGGAGCCCGAGGACCCCAGCACUCGGUCCUUCUUCUCUGAAAUCAUCUCAUCCAUCUCAGACGUCAAGUUCAGUCACAGCGGCCGCUACAUGAUGACCAGAGACUACCUGACUCUCAAGAUCUGGGAUCUGCACAUGGAGAGCCAGCCGGUGGAAACUUACCAGGUUCACGGUUAUCUCAGGAGUAAGCUGUGCUCUCUCUAUGAGAACGACUGCAUCUUUGAUAAGUUCGAGUGCUGCUGGAGGGGCGACGAUAGCGAGGUCAUGACAGGCUCCUACAACAACUUCUUCCGGAUGUUUGAGCGCGAGGGCCAGCGAGACGUGACUCUGGAGGCCUCGUGGGAGAACGGCUCUCCCGGCUGCCCGCUGAAGAGCUGGCGCGUGUCCACCGGCAGCCGACGCAAGAGGAACGAGAUCGGCGUCGACUGUCUGGACUUCAGCCGCAAGAUCCUCUACACCUCCUGGCAUCCUCAGGAAAACAUCGUUGCCUUAGCGACGGUCAAUAACCUUUACCUUUUCCAGGAGAAACUCAAUUAGGAAUUUCAAAACUGCUUCGUCCCCAUUCCUAAAAGCAGGAGUCUAAAUGCGGGAUACAUGCUAAUCUCGUAUCCAAGCACAAACUCAUAGUCUUAAUAUUAACCACUGUAGUACACCAAAACCUUUGGAUUAUUCUGUUAUGUUUAAUUGAUACACUGUAGGCCGGAGGAAGGGAUUUUUAGUUGGAUUACUGUAUUGGGUUUUUGCACAUUGAUCUGUCUGUUUUAUAUGGAAGCCUGUUUCGGUCACAGGAUAUUAAGGUGGAUUCAAAAGCAAUUCUGGCUUUUUAAUCUUACAAAUUUUUUAGAAAUUGAAACUUCAGAGCAGUGAAAUGAUCUCAUACAAAAUCUCGAAAGAAACUAGUGAAUUCUGAGUUUAUAUCACAAUUAAAAUUUACAAUUAUAAUAUCACAAUUAGACUUUAUUUCUUAAAAUAAAACAAUUCUCAGCCUAUAUAGAGUUAGGUCCAUAAAUAUCUGGACAUCGACACAAUUCUAACAUUUGUGGCUGUAUACACCAACACAAUGGAUUUGAAAUUAAACCAACAAGAUGUGCUUUAACUGCAGACUGUCAGCUUUAAUUUGAGAAUAUUUACAUCCAAAUCAGGUAAACACUCUAGGAAUUACAGCAGUUUGAUAUUCGCCUCCCACUUGUUAAGGGUCCAAAAGUAAUGGGACAGACUAAUCAUUCAUAAAUCAAAUUUUCAUUUUUUAGUACUUGAAUUACAUCCUGAAGUCUGGAUAGACAUCACCAGAUGCUAGGUUUCAUUCCUGGUGGUGCUCUGCCAGGCCUCUACAGCAACUGUCUUCAGUUCCUGCAUGUUCUUGGGGUAUUUUCCCUUCAGUAUUGUCUUCAUCAUUCAGGUCGGGUGAUUGACUUGACUAUUGCAUAACAUUCCAAUUCUUUCCCUUCAAAAACUCUUAGGUUGCUUUUGCGGUAUGCUUUUGGUCAUUCUUCAUCUGCACUGUGAAGCUCUGUCCAAUGAGUUCUAAAGCAUUUUGCUUAAUAUGAGCAGAAAAUAUUGCCUGAAACACUUCAGAGUUCAUCCUGCUGCUUUUGUCAGCAGUCAUAUCAUCAAUAUAUACAAGAGAACCAGUUCCAUUGACAGGCGUACAUGCCCAUGCCAUGUCACUACUACCACCAUGCUUCAUUUCUUAGGAUCAUGAGUUUUCCUUUCCUUUUCCGUACUCUUUCAAUCACUCUGGUACAAGUUGAUCUUGAUCUCAUCCGUUUAUAGGAUGUUAUUCCAGCACUGUGAAGGCUUUUUUAGGACACUAAUCUGCCCUUCCCGUUUUUGAGGCUCACCAGUGGUUUACAUCUUGUGGUGAACCCUCUGUAUUCACACUCUGGUGUUGUCUUCUCUUGAUUGUUGAGUUUGACACGCAUACACCUACCUCCUGGAGAGUGUUCUUGAUCUGGCCAGCUGUUGUGAAGGGAGUUGGAAGCCAAUUGUCCAAUUACUUUUGGACCCUUAACAAGUGGGAGGCACAUAUGCAAACCGUUGUAAUCCCUACAGCGUUUACCUGAUUUGGAUGUAAAUACCCUCAAAUUAAAGCCGACAGUCUGCAGUUAAAGCACAUCUUGUUGGUUUAAUUUCAAAUCUAUUGUAUUGGUGUAUAUAGCCAAAAAUGGUAGAAUUGUGUCUGUCCAAAUAUUUAUGGACCUAACUGUAUAUUGCAAAAAAAAUAUAUACAUAUAUAUCUUUUUCAUGUCUGUGAUUUAAUAUUUACAUAGUGUAUUUAUUAGAGGUGUUAACCUACAUUGGUCUCAUGGUUUAGUUCGGAUACGAUUAUCAUGCCAUAGAUUCAGUUUUAUUCGAUACCACUGUGCAUUGACGAUGCUUUCCAUACGCAAUUCUUUCCAUUCACAAUUUCAACUUCAUUUUUAGAAUGGCAGAAAUAAAACAGAAAUAAACAGAAAUGAGUUUGUAAAUAAUGUAAUUUACAGUACAAAAAAAUUGCAAGCAAAAGUCGUCAAUUUUAAUUUAUAGUACAAAAAUGCGAAUAAAGUCUCAACUGCGAGAAGUAAACUCACAAUUCUGAGAAGCAAUGUCACAUAUGUAAAAUACAAACUUCAAGAAAAUUUUAUAUUGUAAUACGGUAACACUUUACAAUAAGGUUGUAUUAGAUAAUGGGAGUUAAUGCGUUUAUUAACAUGAACAAACAAUGAGCAAUACAUUUAUUACAGUAAUUGUUCUCAUUAGUUAACGAAAAUACAGUUGUUCGAUGUUAAUUUGUUAACACACGGUGCAUUAACUAAUGUUAACAAGCAUGACUUUGGAUGUUAAUAAGGCAUUGGUAAAUGUUAAACUAUGAUUAAUAAAUGCUGUACAAGUAUUGUUCAUAGUUGUAGUUCUAUAGUAGUCAUGUUAGUAAGUACAUAAACUAAUGAAACCUUAUUGUAAAGUGUGACCCAAUUAUCUUUUUAUAUGUGUAUAUAUAUAUAUAUAUAUAUAUAUAUAUAUAUAUAACAUCACAUGAGCACUGGUGGGAGGCAUGUGUUGCCUAAAACCUGGUUUAUGCUUAUGUCGAGUGAUCGCUGUGACCCACGGCGCAUGCCUUACACGUUGCUGUGCAUAUAUACUUCUGCGUGCUGUUUGUGUUGCUCUGCAAUAACACUUCCGAAACGCUAGCUGGCAGUGAGGUUUUUAUUUUUCUGUGUUGAGUUUCUUCAUGGGUGUUUUGUUUUUUCUGAACUACCUUUAUGUACAAAUAGCUAGAACUUAUUUUGAUGCAAGAACCAGCGGACGUGCAACAGCUUCAACCAUAAGGUAAACACAAAACAAACAUUUUCAAUUGGAGCACCUUCAUGCGACUAGACACUUGUAAACACUUGCUCCAACAAGUUCGCUCUGCUCUCGGCCCCGCCCACACUCGUCAGCGCUACAAAGCAGACCAAUCACAGAGCUUGCACUAUGCGUCGUUGCAACAUGUAGUUACUUUUUUUUUGAGAGGUGCCACAGCUGGGGCUAUGCGACUACGCGAAGGUAGCACCGGAGCAUACGCUUGACGCAGAAGUGUAAAUCGGCCUUUAGUGUCCCACCAGUGACUAUAUACAGUCAUAUCGCACUGCUACAGGUGUGAUAUUACGUUUAUACAACAGUUUGACCGCAUAAUCAUGUAUAUAAAAAAAGAAAAUCAAAUACAAACUCUAAAAAUUAUUGGCGGAAGAACUACUUCAACUUUUCAUUCAUAUCAGCAGCUGAUGUCAGAACAGCCAUUGCUACUUUACCAAUGCACUUUAGAGCUCGUGUUUGAAUGAUUCUCUAGCAUAAUGUCUAAAGUGAUGACAAAACAGCUGAUUUUGCUGACAUUUUAAGAUCAUAAGGCUGAACGACAUGAAAUGCCAUCAGUCUACAGACAUAUCUCCCAGUAUUUGUUGCAAACGGGAGAUCACAAUAACUAACCCUGAAAAAGCCAAAGCAAACACUAGCAGAUUACUAUGGUAUAAAUACAGCACUACAACAUACAAAAAAGAGAGGUAGACUUAGAAUGCCUCUUUUGGCACCUGUUCUGUAAUGAAUUGUUCAGCUGUAGUUAGAAAUACGAAAAGAAAACGCUGAGUUGUUCUCCUCUAAGGGCUUAUUAUGCGGUCUCUGUCGCCAUCUUGUGGCGCAUUAGUCUUUGCUUUGCUCCGUAUGAAAGGCUAAUGGCUGAUGUCCAAAAUUAUGAAUAUUUAAAAUAGACUCUAUCCUUAUAAAAAAACUCCAUAGUUGCAACCUUAACAACAUUUUCACCUUAAAAAAGCCUCAAAAGUACAUUAUAUUGUCCAACAGCUGCAAUAUUUGUCAAACUGUAGUGAGUUUAUUGAUCUGCUUUUACUCUGUGGGCGGAGUAAUACAGAAUGGUGAAAAGGCUGUAUAAGUGCUGAUAUUGCAGGAUAUUGCACGGCUAUCAGCCAGUCAGAUUCGAGAACCAGACAGAAAUGUAGUAAAUAUAUAUUCAUACUUGUAUUCAAUGGCCGAAACAAGCUUCCAUAAAUUUAGCUUUAAUCAGAAACACACUCAUUGCUGUUUUUAAUUUGUUUAUUAUUUUUUAUUAAGCUGACCUGACGAAUCUUGUUUACUAAGUUUGCCUAAUCAUGAUUAACACUGAAUCAAUUCUAAAGCCUCAUGCACUGAUCGUCCGCAAAAGUUUCCUCCCUUCUGAACUCAGGCCUGGUGCAACAGGACGUUUCUACACCCAAAAACAAAAUGCCUGACAUAUUCGUCCACAAGUGCAAUUGACUUGAAGCAGGGUUCCCAGAUAGCUCCAUUAUUCCCUACAUUCAGUCCCUAAAAUUAAUCGUGGCAUUAAUUUUAUGCAAUACUUUAGAGAGACUUUUUAAACCUGUCUCUUUUCAUAGUUUUUUUUUAGGGACGCGCCGAUGUUUCAAGUCUUAAGUAGUGCAUGUUUUAUGGUUUCCUGCAUCUUCUGGUGUGUGUCUCUUUAUUUGCAGCUUUUUAAUACAGAAUGGUUCCUAUGAGGUAUGAAGAAUGCUCUAGAUAUUUUUAUAUGAAUUUUCGAGAAAAAAAAAAAUUGAAAUGAUGUCCUUGGCAGUAUUCAGUGUAUUAAUGCAGUCGCGUGACUGUCUUUGAGCUGUUGAUUGGUUGCAGAAUGAUUCUGUAUAAUGGAGUGUGUUUACAUGGAAAUCAGGCCUGCUGUAUGUGAACAAACCCUGGAGUUAUAUUCCCUUUAUCUUAAUAGUUGUAAAACCCAAAAUGUUAAAAAUUAAAGUCAAUUUUAAGACCGAAA